UUUCAUUGUCAUAUUCGUAAUCAGCGUGCAAAAAUACAAAAAAAAGUGCAGUUUCGAAAGAAUCGGAGAGUUCACCUAUUCGGAACUCUACCCAUAAAUCACAACGACAGUGAAAAAUUUCAAGGAAACAUGUUUACAUCUCAGCAUGAUAAUUGCCACGGUAAUUGGAAACUCAAACGCUUCUAUCGAAAGAUAGAAUCGAAAGAUAGAAUGUCCGGAGACCCCGGACAUCUCCAAAGAGCAGCAGAUUUUAUAAAGGCGUUCAUCUAUAUAAGAGGACGCCUUGGCACUGCCGCGCCUGGGCGACUUGUUCGUGGAGUCUUGGAGUUCGUGGAGGCAAAGGCGGAAGGUCAUUGCAAACAAGGCAGCUCACCCUCCAAAGUCUACGGGCAAUUGAGAACCAUGGCCAGUAGAGCAUCGGAACCAGUUCUGGUGGCCAUACCUUCUAUUUAUUUAUAUCGUACAUAUGCGUACUUGUGUAAAUGUGUAUACUCGUGCAAAUAAAUUAUAUAAAUAUACAUUUUCUUGUGUACUUGUAUGCCUAUAUACCGGCAAUCCCCUCUCGUUAGCCGCUAAAGGGGUAUACAGGGUGAGUCACAACAUUUGUGCCAGAGCUCGUGAGAAGGUAGAACGGAUCGAGAUGAACA